AUGAAAAGUCAAUUAAAGAAAAUGCUUCCGAAUAUCAAAAAGAAGUUGUUCAUCUUGGAUUCGUUCCCAAGAAUUCAGACUGAAGGAAUCGGAAAGAUUGCUGAAGAAAUGAAAAAAGGAAAGAAGACAAUGGAAGAAAUCAAUAAGUCGUUGUAUGAUCCAUUUCAUUAUGAAAGGGGACGUCAUCGUUAUGCGGAAUUGGUGAAAAAUGAAUGUGGAUCGAAAUGUGAACUGAUUGAUUACGUAGAUGCGUUCUGGAACAAAACCAUCAAUGCGUUUCAAUAUUUUGAUUCGAAAGGAUUCACAUAUUUCACAGUUAUCAAUCAUGUAUCGGCUCAUGGACUGGAACACGUUCGACCGAUUUAUAACAAAAUUUGUGCAAGGUUAUAA